GCUUUGUAUCAGGAGGAUUACUUUGAGAGUUUCCUGGCUGUAACGUGCUGUCCCACGUGUGAUGAUGAUACUAAGUGAUUUAUAAUAUUAACAUGGGGAAGAAUAAAACAAGUAAAACCAAGGAGUCGAAACGACAAGAGGACAAAGCCGGACAAAAUCAGAGCAAAAGGAAAAUGAGAAGAGAUGGCAAACCUAAGAAAACCACACAGGAGGACCACCUCCAACACAUUCCCUUCAGGCUCCGAGAGAUAAUGAAGAGCAAGGAUAAAAUGAAAAACGAAUCUUUGGGGAGCAAAAAGCUAAAGAAGGCCCUCUCGUUGCAGUCUAAACCAAACGAUGCCCUGGAUGGAGACAUUGCUGUUCCUCGAUUCAGGAAGGGGAAGACAGAAAGCGUCGGUGCCUAUGUUAGGCGCAUGGAAACUGAGACAAAACAUGUGCUGUUCCUCACAAAUAACCAACUUGAGAGAAAACCUGAGCUUGAUCCGGAAAAACAGGACAAGGCUGCAGGCACGGGGAAGUCAGAAAAGAAGAAGCAGUAUGCAAAAAUGAGACUGAGCAAACUGCAACAGAAGAAGUUGGAUAAACAAGAGGACAAAAUAGAGAAAGAGUUGUUUGUAGAUAAUGUUCCAUUUGGUGAAGUUUCCCUGGCUCCACCGUCUCUGAGCACCAAACCAAAGAAAGCUCCAGUCAAAACUCAGCCUUCAAAAGAGUUGCUCCUCAACUCUCUGCUCGGCCACAGCAUGGCUUCCACAGCGAAGCCCUCCAUGGCCAGACAGAGGAUAAUGGAGGAGGAGAGGCAGCGAGCAGUGGAGGCCUAUCGUCUGCUGAAGAAACAGAAACAACAGGAGCAACAGACCAGAAAUGCCAGCUUGGGAAAACUCUUGAACCUUGAGUGACAUCGAAUGUCACUAAAAUCAAUAUGACUGUUCAUGUCCAGUUGGUGUGAUUGAUAUACAGACUUGACAGAAUGAUAAUCUCCUCUAGAUUGCUUCGAGACUCUAUUUGCAAAGACUUUACACCACAUUUUUAAAAAUAUGCAGGAUUUACCUGCUACUUUCAUAACCGCAUGUUUCGUUGAUAUUAUUACACUCAAAAAAGAGAAAUCAAACAUGUAUAAUUGCUGGAAAACAUAAAUGUGUAAACACUGGCUUUCUCAAAGGGUUAAUUUUGUUGGUUGCUUCCUCAUAAAUGCAAGUUUGCAUUCAUAUUUCCUAUCAGGUGUCUGCGUAAAUUCACUUUACAAUGCAAAUACUCCAUCUUCAGGCAAGCCCAUUGGCGUCAUGAGCACCAUAAAUUCAUUCAUCUUUUUUUUUUUUUUCCAUUUGUUUAUUUUGCAGGGCAUAAUUACUUUUUGUAUUUGAGGAUAACAUUACCCUUGUUGAAAACUGGUCUGCAGUUGGCCCAGAUGGGGGGAGGGGUAUUUUCAGUCAAACAUUUUUCUUUUUGUAUGUAGUCAACUUUUAGAUCCUGUGCUAAUUUUUGUAGCCACUGAUUUUGACUCUCUUGAGUUAGUAAGAGCAAAAAUAAACGUUCUCCAUUUAGUUUGAUCAUAAUCACCAACUUUAUAACAUGGGGAUUUCAUAUGAAAGACCCAAGCAAAGUAUGUAAACGUACAGAUGGUGUGUAACAAGCUCAGAGGCCUGUUAGCACUUCAGACCAGUCUGGGAUCUCACCGGAAACUAAUCAACACAUUCCACCUAAAAUGAAGAGAGUUAACAAGUUAAGCAGUGUGGAGUCCCACAUUAUCUGAAAGAGCUGCAGAGAUCGACAUAUUAUGAUUGGACUGAAAAAUAUCUGGUAAGCGCCCACAAAACCGACCUUUAUGGAAUAAGAAAAGCCAUUGUCAAAAGAAAAUAUUAUGUUGCUACAAUUGUGUUGUUAAUAAAGCCAAUAUGCGAAAGAUGA